UCCUCUCCAUAUAAGUCUUAUUGUGUCUAAAUAAUUUCCUUGGUUUAAGAAGCAAACUUUGAGAGGAUAAUGGGUAUAGGCAGCAGGCACUCAGAUGAUCAGGAUUCUGAAUUCAAAUCCCCAAACCUUAUGGCGGAGAGGAAACGCCGCAAGAAGCUAGGCUCAAGACUCUUAGAGCUAAGAGCAUUGGUUCCAAAGAUCACGAAUAUGACCAAGCCAGCCAUAAUAACAGAUGCCAUCAGUUACAUUCAUGAGCUUAAGAGCCACGUACAAGAGCUUAGUGAUGAAAUUCUUUCAAUGGAGGCGACAAGUAAUGAGCAUGAACAAAAGAUGGAGAUGUCUGAGGUUGGUUCUGCACAAGAAAUGGAGAACUGGGGAAUAGAGCCUGAAGUAAAGGUGUCCAAAAUUGAUUCAAAUAAGCUCUGGGUAAAGCUACUUUUCCAGAAGACAAGAGGUGGACUAAUUACUACAAUAUUCGAAGCCAUGAAUGUCCUUGGAUUUGUUCCUAUUGAUAUGAGUGCCAUUACCUCAAAAGGGGCAGUUCUUAUUACUUCACACAUAGAGGUCAUGGAGGAUGGAAUGCAAGCGACUGAAAAAAUAAAAGAGUUAUUGCUUGAAAUCGUAACUACCUACUAG